UCUAUAUCUGGUCAGGUGAUGGCUGUGGAUGCGUGGUUAUGGGCAGUAGGGUUUCUGAUUUGGCCGAUCUGGGUGGACUCUGUUGGGCUCUCCUGUACUUUGCAGACCAGGCCCAUCUCCAGGAGCCUGUAUAAGGAAGGUGAUGUGAUUAUCGGGGGUCUUUUUCCAAUAUAUGUUCAAGCCCCUGAACCUGAUCACAUGUUUAUACAGAGAGUGGAGGAGAGCCCUUGCCAGAGUGUUGAAGUACGAUCUUACCACUGGCUACAAACAAUGAUCUUCACAGUGGAAGAAAUUAACCAAAAUCCAUAUUUGUUGCCCAACUUCACACUGGGCUACCAUGCUUCAGAUACCUGCUUGGCAGAGAGCAGUACGCUAAGUGCUGCACUGGCGUUGAUGACAGGACAGGAGGAGACCGUGUCUGGAGAACUGUGUACUAUAGCUCCAGACGUGCCUGUCAUUAUUGGUGAUGCACGCUCCUCCGCAUCUAUAGUGGUAGCUGAUACACUAAGUGUUUUUGACAUCCCAAUGAUUAGCUACUUUGCUUCUUGUGCAUGCCUCAGUGAUCACACCAGAUACCCCACCUUUCUACGCACAGUUCCAAGUGACGCCUUCCAAGCCAAAGCCAUGGCCCGUCUUUUGCUCUUUAUGGGUUGGACAUGGGUUGGGGUUGUCUCUGGAGAUGAUGUUUAUGGGAAAAGUGGUGUGCAGUUGCUGCUGAAGGAACUAAAGGGUUUAGGUGUGUGUGUAGACUACCAUGAGGUCAUCCCUAAAUCACAUGCAGCCAGUAGGAUUGAACGCAUUGUGAAGAUAAUCCAGACUUCAAAGGCUCAGGUGGUAGUAACCUUCGCUAUCGGACCUGAUACAGAAGUCUUGCUUAGAGAAGUUGUGAGGAUGAAUGCCACUGACAGGCAAUGGAUUGCUACUGAAGCAUGGAGCACCUCUACCCACUACUCUGCUUGGAGUGGCAUCUCUUUAGCAGGGACUCUUGGUUUUGCACUGAGGCGAGUUGAUAUUCAGGGUUUGGGCUUCUAUUUGACUCAGUUGAGCCCAAAUGAACAUUUAAUGUCACCACUGGUCCAGAGUGUUUGGGAGGAUGUGUUUGGGUGUAGCUUUGGGGAGCACAUGCAAUCAGGAAAUCUAAAACCACAGUGCACAGGCUUGGAGAAAGUGGAGUAUGGAGAGACCUAUUUUGAUGUUAUGUAUAAUGUUUAUAAGGCUGUGUAUGCUGUAGCAAAUGCCAUUCAGGACAUGCUGGCAUGUCAGUCUGGGAAAGGACCUUUUGCAAAUGGAGAAUGUCCUGAUAUUAAACCAAUAAAACCUAAGCAGCUUUUAUACUACCUGAAGGCUGUCCAGUUUACAACACCAGUGGGUGAAAUGUUUGCUUUUGAUGAGAACGGAGAUCCAUCUGCCUCUUAUGACAUAAUUAAUUGGCAUGUAGGCACUGAAGGAAAAAUUAAGUUUGUUAAAGUAGGACAGUUUGAUGCAGUGAGUGGACCACAGCGAGACUUUCAGCUGGAACUAAAAAAAGUGUUCUGGGGAGGGGGCUGGGGUGAUAAGGUACCAGUGUCUGUUUGCAGUGAGAGCUGCCCCCCAGGGACCAGGAAGGCUGUACAGAAAGGAAAGCCUCUCUGCUGUUAUGACUGUAUACCAUGUGCAUCAGGGGAGAUCAGCAAUGCUUCUGACUCUACAGAGUGCACUAAGUGUCCUGAGAGGUUCUGGUCUAACACUGACCGGACAGAGUGCAUCCCAAUGACGGUGGAGUUCCUGUCCUUUCAAGAUACCAUGGGCAUCAUCCUCUCGGUGCUUUCAGCUACUGGAGCAGCUCUUACCAUUAGCAUCCUUGCCACCUUUUUCCAUCAUCGAGACACACCCCUGGUCCGUGCCAACAACUCUGAGCUGAGCUUCCUGCUCCUGCUCUCACUUAAACUCUGUUUCCUAUGUGCACUAGCUUUUAUUGGCCGACCAGCACCUUGGUCCUGCAUGCUCCGUCAUACACUGUUUGGGAUCAGUUUUGUGGUGUGUCUGGCUUGUGUGCUCAGUAAAACUGUGGUGGUACUCAUGGCCUUUAGAGCAACUCUACCUGGCUCAAAUAUUAUGCGGUACUUUGGUCCUGUUCAGCAGAGGGCAGGUAUCUUCAUCUGUACGCUAAUACAGGUGGGGAUCUGUGUGUUUUGGCUAGUUCUGGCACCUCCUCUUCCCACUGAAAAUGCAGGAGGUGAGCGCGGAGCACGGGUGGUCCUGCUAUGUGCAGUAGGCUCAGUGGUGGGGUUCUCACUCGUUCUGGGCUACAUUGGCUUCCUGGCUGCUGUCUGCUUCAUGCUUGCUUUCUUUGCCCGGAAGCUUCCAGAUAAUUUCAAUGAAGCGAAGUUUAUCACUUUUAGCAUGUUGAUCUUUUGUGCUGUGUGGAUCACGUUUGUUCCAGCAUAUGUCAGCUCUCCUGGGAAAUACACAGUAGCGGUGGAGGUCUUUGCAAUUCUAGCCUCAAGUUACGGCCUUCUGCUGUGUAUCUUUGGGCCUAAGUGUUACAUCAUCCUACUGAGACCAGAUAAGAACACAAAAAAGUAUAUGAUGUCCAAAUAG